AUGCAUUAUUGCAUUAUUUCGUUAUUCUUUUCCGUUUAUUCUUUCUUUCUUUCUUACUUUCUUUCUUUCUUUCUUUCUUUCUUUUUUCUUAAAAACAGGAUUUCUUUCUUUCUUUUCUUUCUUUUUUCUUUCUUUCUUUCUUUCAAUGCAUUAUUGCAUUAUUUCGUUAUUUCUUUUCCGUGCAUUCUUUCUUUCUUUUUCUUUCUUUUUUUCUUUCUUUAUUCUUACAAGUAUUGUUUUUUACAGUUUUUAUUUCACCCCUUCUCUGUUUUUUUGUCUAUAAUUUCUUUCUUUCCUCCUUUCUUUCUUUCUUUCUUUCUUUUUUCUUUCUUUAUUUCUUUCUUUCUUUCUUUCUUUCUUUCUUUCAAUGCAUUAUUGCAUUAUUUCGUUAUUUCUUUUCCUAUUGUUUUUUUUUUUUUAUUUCACCUUUUCUCUGUUUUGUCUAUAAUUUCUUUCUUUCCUCCUUUCUUUCUUUUCUUUCUUUCUUUCUUUCUUUCUUUCUUUCUUUAUUCUGACACUUAUUGUUUUUAUUUUUCUUAUUUCACCCCUUUCUCUGUUUUGUCUAUAAUUUCUUUCUUUCCUUCUUUCUUUCUUUCCUUCUUUCUUUCUUUCUUUCUUUCUUUCUUUCAAUGCAUUAUUUCAUUAUUUCGUUAUUUCUUUUCCGUGCAUUCUUUCUUUCUUUCUUUCUUUCUUUCUUUCUUUCUUUCUUUCUAUGCAUUAUUGCAUUAUUUCUCUUAUAGUUUUUAUUUUUUUAUUUCACCCCUUUCUCUGUUUUUGUCUAAUUUCUUUUUUUUCCUCCUUUCUUUCUUUCUUUCUUUCUUUCUUUCUUUCUUUCAAUGCAUUAUUGCAUUAUUUCGUUAUUUCUUUUUUCAUUUAUUCUUUUUCUUUCUUUCUUUCUUUCUUUCUUUCUUUCUUUAUUCUUACACUUAUUGUUUUUAUUUUUUUAUGUCACCCCUUUCUCUGUUUUGUCUAAAUUUCUUUCUUUCCUCCUUUCUUUCUUUCUUUCUUUCUUUCUUUCUUUCUUUCUUUCUUUCUUUCAAUGCAUUAUUGCAUUAUUUCGUUAUUUCUUUUCCGUGCAUUCUUUCUUUCUUUCUUUCUUUCUUUCUUUCUUUCUUUCUUUCUUUAUUCUUACACUUAUUGUUUUUAUUUUUUUAUUUCACCCCUUUCUCUGUUUUGUCUAUAAUUUCUUUCUUUCCUCCUUUCUUUCUUUCUUUCUUUCUUUCUUUCUUUCAAUGCAUUAUUGCAUUAUUUCGUUAUUUCUUUUCCGUGUAUUCUUUCUUUCUUUCUUUCUUUCUUUCUUUCUUUCUUUCUUUCUUUCUUCUUCUUAACAUCAAUUUUAUUUUAAAAGCACUUCUCUUUUUUCUUUCUUUCUUCCUUCUUUCUUAUAUUUUUUCUUCUUUUUUUAAAAAUUUUCCAUGUAUACUGUUUUGCUUUAUUUCCUUCUUAUUUCUUUCUACCUUCUCAUUUAGCGUCUUUUUUCUUCUUGUCAUUUUCUUUCUUUUGUCCUUUCAUUUUUUUUCUUUCUUCCUUUCGUUCUUUCUUACAUUUUUUCUUUUUUUUUUUUUAAUUUUUCCUUCAAUCAUUCUCUCUUCAGUUUUCCAUGUAUACUGUUUUGCUUUAUUUCCUUCUUAUUUCCUUCUCACUGAACAUCUUUUUUUCUUCCUGGCGUUUUCUUUCUUUUUUCCGUUCUUUUUUUUCUUUCUUUUUGACUCCCUUUUUACAUUUUUCACGCAUUUCCUUUAG